GCUCACACAACGAUCGACCGACGUUAGCCACUGGCGACGAUGACAACGACACCACAAGAAACCACUAGCACCACCAGCACCACUACAUUCACAGUGCGAAAGAUGACGGACCGUAGAAUGUGCAACCUGUCCACCAUCCUGCUGCUCUGCGCCGCCUUGCUGCUGACCAAGUCCUGCGGCAUCCUGGCGCUCAGCGGCGACGGCUCGGCGGCCCAGCAGGAUGUGGCCAAGCCGGAGCCCUGGAUCGAUGCGACCACCACCACCAUUCAGCCGGGAGAUGAGGAGGGCAGCGGCUGGGAGAGCACCACCAAUGCCUGGGACACAACGCUUUCGGAUGAGGAAACCACGGCGGCCGAGCAGGAAACCACCCAAUCGGAUAGCUCCACUGGGGAAGUUGAGACCACCACUGGUGUCCCGGAGACUUCACCCGAGGAAACCACUUCUGCUCCCGAAGAGAGCUCUUCUGCUCCACAGGAGAGUUCUUCUGCUCCCGCAGAAACCUCCUCUGCUCCCAAGGAAACCUCAUCUGCUGCACCCGAGGAAACCUCAUCUGCUGCACCCGAGGAAACCUCAUCUGCUGCUCCCGAGGAAACCUCAUCUGCUCCACAGGAAAGUUCUUCUGCUCCCGAGGAAACCUCAUCUGCUGCUCCCGUAGAAACAUCUGCUGCUCCAGAGGAAACCUCUUCGGCUCCCGAGGAAACCUCAUCUGCUCCCCAGGAAACCUCCUCUGCUCCCCAGGAAUCCUCUUCUGCUCCCCAAGAAACAUCUCCCGCUCCCGAAGAAACCACCACUGAGGCAGAGAGCUCCAGUUCCACCUCCACUUCCUCCUCCAGUUCCUCAGCCCCCGCUGAGACCACAAUUGCACCCACUCCGCCGCCUUUUGAGUGCCAGACGGCAGGACUCUUUCCCCACACCAGCGGCGAUUGCAGGCUCUACCACAACUGCCUGCUGAACCCAGUGCUCCACCAGCUGCAGGACAUCGAGCUGGGUUGUCCGGUGCCCACGGUUUUCUCGCCAACUGCCGGCAGAUGCGUGAGGGACUUGGCCGAGUGCCAGUGGGAUGGCUUCCAGUGCUUGGCCGUGGGCAGGUUUGCUGGACACGAUGAGACGUACUACUACAACUGCGUGGCCAGUUUGCAGGGCGGCUUCCACAAGUUCAUUGUGCGCUGCUCCAGCGGCCAGAGAUUCGAGCCCCUGAUUGGCGGAUGCUGGCGCUACGACUGGACGCAAAUUGUGCCUGGACAGGAGGCAACGGAGGUCAGCGACCUGGCGGCCAUCAAGCGGGAACUGAAGCAGUACAAGAUCGAGGAGAAGCUGCGACAGAAGGCCAAGAAGGAGCAGGAGAAGCUGGCCAAGAAGCAGCAGAAGGCGGAGGAGAAGGCCGCCAAGAAGGCGGCCAAGGAGCAGGCCAAGCAGCAGGCGAAGGCCGAGAAGGAGAAGGCCAAGGGCGAGUCCGCCGAGAGCCCCGAAUCCGAGGAGUAGGCUUUGACCUCCAGUUGAACCCUCUUCUUCCAUCUAUGUUGGUCCAUUGCUCUAGUCAAGUAAAAAUUAUUAUUCUUAUUUUUUGUUAACCUUUUUUUUUGAUUCGUGGUGAAAAUAAAGAUUUGAAAGCUUAA